GUCGUCAGCAGCAGCAGCAGCAGUGAGGAGGAAGCUGUGCGGGGUGUUUGGGUGGUUGAUCGCUCUCCGGUUCUUCAGUGUGAGGAUGGUGGUCCCGCUGCCCCCCGGGAUCCUGCAGUGACCGCACCUCAGCAGCGGCAGCAGCAGCAGCAGCAGCGGCGCGGGGAGAGAUGUGGAUGUCGGAGCAGAGCCAUGGUGAUGAUCAGCUCAGUACUGAAAGUGCUGCAGAGGCAGACCUACACCUGCCUGUCCCACAGAUACGGACUCUACCUCUGCUUCGGGGGACUCGUCCUCAUGAUCGUGUCCGCCUUCCAGUUCGGAGAGGUGGUCGUGGAGUGGAGUCGGGAUCAGUACCAUGUUCUGUUUGAUUCCUACAGAGACAAUGUGGCUGGGAAGUCCUUCCAGACACGGCUAUGUUUGCCAAUGCCCAUUGAUGUGGUGUACACCUGGGUGAAUGGUACAGAUAUUGACUUACUGAAGGACCUCCAUGCAGUGAGGCAACAGUUGGAAGAGGACCAGAGGAAACUGAGGGAGAAGCUGGGGAAGAAUGCAAGUGACACGACGGAGGCACCUAAAGGAAGGCCUGAAUGCCUGUUAUCCCACUGCAUUAUGGCUCCUGUCCUGGUUCUGGACCCAGCCCUUCCACCAAACAUCACAGUGAAGGAGCUGCCCUCUCUCUCAGCAGCAUUGUCCUCCACCAAGCAACUCCUCCAGGUGGCCAAACCCCUGCAUCCCUCAACCAGUGUCUCUGUUCUCUUCUUCCACUCCCAGAGUGAAGCGGAUACAGCUUAUUCAGAUGCACUGAAGGACAUCCCGAAACACUCAGUCUCCAGAGCCUAUCUGACGACAGAUAAGGAAGCUCCUAGCCUGGUACGGAUUCAGACGCUGGCCUACCUGAGUGGCUUCCCUGCGUCUUUUAAAGAAACAGAGCAGCUGAGAGUCAAGCUGCCAUCUGUGGUGACCAGCAAAAUCCAACAGCUGCAGCUUUACUCUGAGGCCAGCAUUGCUCUCCUCCACCUGAACACAGCACAGGACUUCACCGAUCUCCUCCAGCAGGCCAAAAAGAACCUGACUCUGGACGGCAAAGAGCUCACUGUGAGCCCAGCAUAUCUGUUCUGGGACCUCAGCGCUGUUGCACAGUCUAAGCAGGAUGAGGAUGUGUCAGCUAGCCGUUUUGAGGACAACGAGGAGCUUCGCUAUUCUCUGCGAUCAGUGGAAAGACACGCCCCAUGGGUGCGGCACAUCUUUAUUGUCACCAAUGGGCAGAUCCCCUCAUGGCUAAACCUCGACAACCCCCGUGUUACUGUGGUUUCCCAUCAGGAUAUUUUCCAAAAUCAGACCCACCUGCCCACAUUUAGCUCUCCAGCUAUUGAGACCCACAUCCAUCGAAUCCCAGGCCUCUCGCAGAAGUUCAUCUACCUCAACGAUGAUGUGAUGUUUGGAAAGGAUGUGUGGCCUGAUGAUUUCUACAGUCAUUCAAAGGGCCAAAAGGUGUAUCUCACCUGGCCAGUUCCUAACUGUGCUGAGGGCUGCCCAGGGUCGUGGAUCAAAGAUGGUUACUGUGACAAAGCCUGCAACAACUCUGCCUGUGACUGGGAUGGUGGAGACUGCCUGGGUACAGCAGGAGGAAGUCGUUACGGUGGUGGUGGUCCUGGAGGCUCAGUGGUCGGAGGUGGACAGCCCUGGCAGUUUGCAGGUGGUUUAGGAGGACUGGGAGGUGUUUCGUUCUGCAACCAGGGCUGUGCUAACUCCUGGUUGGCUGACAAGUUCUGUGACCAGGCCUGUAAUGUGCUGACUUGCGGCUUUGAUGUGGGAGACUGUGGACAAGAUAACUUCGGCCAGCUUCACCGCGUCGAGCUGCAGAGGAACAAAACGCAGUACACUCUGCCUCAGGGAGAGCUGAGGCCCUACUUCAGCUUCUCUUCUUUUGCUAACCGCGUAUCUGAGGCCCACGUGAGCGAAAACCCUGUAGUGCGUCACACUUCUGUCGCGAACAAGUGGAAAACCAUCCACCUGCUGCUGCUGCCAGGUUACAACGCCACCCAGAUCCACUACAACCUCACCUUUCAGGGUACGAACGACCAGGAGUUCACCAUGAGCAUCAAUGUGGCUUUGGACACCAGAGAGCUUCCUAAGCCUAACAUUACAGAAUCACUGCAGGACAAAGGGCACGAGGAGCACAAGCCCACUGUAGCCCCCCAGGAAGUAGAGGUUCUGCUCACAGAUGUCCCAGUCGAGAAGCAAGCCCCUAAAGUGAAGAAGAAGACUCCUGAACAGGUGCCUGAAGUUGUGGUGGUCCCUGCAUUAAACAUAUCGCUUUUGCCAAAGGAAGUGAGAGAUGAGCUGCAGAAGCUGGAGGAGAAACUGCUGCUAGGGGACAUCACUAUUAAAGGCUACAAUUUGACCAAAGCCUCAUUGUUAAAGCCUUUCCAAGACCAGGCUGCUUUUAAGAUUAAUGAAAACAAUGGAGAAGUAAGGGAUGCACCUAAAUCACAUGACAAACCGAAACAGAUUGAUAAAGUUCCUCUCAUCCCAGUUAAGAUUGACAAUAAUGAGCCUGCAAAUGAUCAGGCUCACGCUGACCAGUCUCGACUUGUGGGCACGGACAAGCCUCCAUCAUCCAGGCUGCUCGGUUCACUGGUGGGAAGCUUGUCUAAGGGCAAGGGUUCAGAGGUCCAGGGUCAUGAUCAGGAGCCUGAAGCUGAUGCUGGAGUGGCUGUGGGUCGUAAGCUCCAGAACUAUGCAGGCCCUGAGUGGAGUUUCCUGCCAUGGGAAAAGAGCAGAUUCUUCCAAGACCUCCUGGAGGAACAGGAAAGGCUGGAGAAAGAGCUGGAGUAUAGGGCAGACAGCACUGCUACUGGACGGAAGCUGAAAGACACCUUUGCUGAUUCGCUCCGCUAUGUCAACAAGCUUCUGAACGGCCAGUUUGGCUUCACAUCCCGCAAAGUUCCAGCUCACAUGCCGCACAUGAUCGAUAGGCUUGUCAUGCAGGAGCUACAGGACACCUUUCCUGAGGAGUUUGAUAAGACCUCUUCCCAUCGUGUACGACAUUCACAGGACAUGCAGUUCGCUUUCUCCUACUUCUACUUCCUGAUGAGUGCUCUGCAGCAACUCAACGUCUCGCAGGUCUUUGACGAGAUUGAUACGGAUCAAUCUGGUGUUCUGUCCGACAGAGAGAUUCGCACACUCGCCACACGCAUCCAUGAGCUGCCACUCAGUCUUCAGGACCUGACAGGUCUGGAGCAGAUGCUGAUAAACUGCUCCAAGGCUCUCCCUACCAACCAGACUCUGCUCCACAUAGUGAAUCCCACUCAGGAGGCCUACUACGACCCCAGCAUGCCUCCAGUUACCAAAGGUCUGGUUAUCCACUGCAAACCGAUUGCGGAGAAAAUACAGAAAGCCUUCAAAGACCAGAACAAAUACAAAUUUGAGAUCAUGGGAGAGGAGGAAAUUGCCUUCAAGAUGGUACGAACCAACGUCUCACAUGUGGUUGGGCAGCUGGAUGACAUAAGGAAGAACCCAAGGAAGUUCAUCUGUUUGAAUGACAACAUUGACCACAGCCAUAAGGAUGCCAGUACAGUGAAAGCUGUCCUGAGGGACUUCUACGAGUCCAUGUUUCCACUGCCCUCUCAGUUUGAGCUGCCCAGAGAGUACCGCAACCGCUUCCUCCACAUGGGAGAGCUGCAGGAGUGGCGAAUUUACAGGGACAAGCUGAAGUUCUGGACGCACUGUGUGCUGGUGACUCUUGUCGUUUUCACGGUCAUCUCCUUCUUUGCUGAACAGCUGAUCGUGCUGAAGAGGAGGCUCUUCCCCAGACGCAGGGUCAGUAAGGAGAGCAGCUCGGAGCGAGUAUGAGGAUGAGAGAGCGUGGACUGUUUGCAUGCUCCUACGUUUCUGCCUUUCUUUUCUAUCUUGCCUCUUUUUUUGAGGGGCUGGAGGGCAGAAAGGGAGCUGCAGAGGCACAACCACCCCCAUGCUUUAACACCAUAGACAAUAACGGUAAUCAGUGGGCCAAAGCACAGAAGGUUUGAACAGUCAGUUUCCUGCUGUAUUAUUAUUUUUUAUUUUAUUUAUGGUGAAAGACUGAAAGGACAGCAGUGGGACCUUGCAUGCUUCCUCCACAAGGAGGUGACAGUGAGACACUGCUGUGACCGUGCUGACAUUCAUCAAACAGACUGCGUGACCGGCUAGUUUCACUGAGCCGCAGAAGAAGCAGAAACACUCCAGCCGGAUCUGAUUUACUGUCCUGAACUGUGUGAACUCAUGGGAGCUUGUGUUGAGAAGUUGUGAACUGAAUGUCGUCACACUGCAUCUUUAUUUGGGAUACGAUAUUAUUUUAAAUGGAGUAAGGGGUACUAAUUAUGAAGAGACUGAGCUGCUGUUGAUUAUGAUUGAGUUUGGUCUGUAUUUACUUUUACUGUUGCUCUCUGUCCAGGUUUUUCCCCAAUACUGCAUAUCAGUGCCUUGUCUUUUGUACGAGUGAAAUUGUUUCACUUUGUUGCACUGCUGGAACUCUGUGUCCUCUACUUCUGACUGAAUUUUACCGUCCUGAUCUGUCUCUCUCUCUCUGUCUGUUUGUCUGCCUGCCUCUUAUAAAACAUAAACAAUACAAUAAUACUGUAAUAAAACACAAACUAUACAAAUACAGCACAAUGUAUGUUAGGAAUGUUAGGGAGCAACACUGACUGCUCUUUUUCUGUCUCUUUCUGUUUGUUUGUCCUUUUGCCUUUUUUUGUUUUGUUCCUGUCUUUUCCUUCUGUCUUUGUCUUACUGUCUUUUGUCUUACUUCUUUGCAUUAUUUUGUCUUUUUUCCUUCAUUAUAUCCGCCUGUCUUUUUUUUUUCGUCGGUAAAUCUUCCUGUCCUUUCUGUCUUUGUGCACGUUUUUAUUCAUUCUUUUUUUCCUUCUUUUGACUUUUUUCUUUCAUGCCCUUUUCUUCUGUUGUUCUGUAUAUCUUUUAUUUUUUCAUUUGUCCAUUUUCUAUCCUUCCUUUUUGUCUCUUUUCUUUGUCCUUCUUUGUUUUUCUUUCUGAAAGUCUGUUCUUUAGUAUUUUAUCUUUUUACUUCCUGUCCCCUCCCUACUGCUCUUCCUUACCUUUCUUUCUUGCUGUCUAAAUCUCGCUUUCCUUUUUUCAUUCUCUUUACUGCAUGGUGAUGAGGUUCACGAUUGUAGUCUAUGAUUGUGUGUUUGUGUCAGAACUGAAAUUGGGAUGUUGUCACUGCAUGCCACACACUUAGACACUUGAUUCUGUAUCUCCGGUUCGGUUUCAGAGCUACAUUCACACAGACGUUUUAAGUUUUUUUUUUUUUUUUGCUUGAAGAUAAGAAAUGGAAUGAGGGUCUUUUUGAAUGCAGGAAUGUGGUUGUGUUUCAGUUCAAGUUUGACUACAUUCCUCUGUGUCUGGGGAAAUUAUGAACCUGCAGAUCAGGCCUGAUAACUCUAUAUCGCAACCAUUGUUGGCUUUUUCAACUCAGCUCCUUCUGAUUAAGCAUGAGUGAUGAUGAAGAAUGAAUGAACACUUGUUGUGACCUGUGGUCACUCUGUGAAGCCAAGUAAAGCAGAACUGCAGUCUAAUGCACAUGUAACUCGUAUUCAGUAAUCUUACAGAGGCCAUGCAGAAUCGAAUGCAGGCUUAACACUUUUUGUUGUUGUUUAAAUCAGAAAUAAUUAAGGAAGGCUUUUGUAGGAAAAAGUACCAUGGGUGCAUUUUUUGGUUCAUCUACAGUACCAGUCAAAAAUUUGUGUGUGAGUGUUUCUUUCUUUCUUUUUUUUAUAAAUUUUAUAUUGAAGACAUUAAAGCUAUACAGAAACACAUUUACCUUUGAUGACAGAUUUGCACACUCUUGGUAUAAACAUUAAAUGAGGUGUGUCCAAGCUUUUAACUGGUACUAUAUAGGAAUUUGAAGUGAACUGAAUGGGCACACAGCAGAAAUAUUUUAAGUCCCCUGAUCAUUCCCUCUGUCCAAGACUCUUCAGCUUUAGAUUAAUCCGGGUUCACAUUACAUGAUUUUAGACCCGAUUUUCCAGGUCAGACUAUUUUCGGAAAUCACAGAGAAACGUCUAAUGCAAAUCAGUUUUGCUCAGCACUCGCUUAGUCCCUAUGAGUGAAUUUCCAAAAGUCACAAUUCUGUUGAUCAGCAAGUGAUCACUGAAGCCUUAUAAACCCCUGACAAAUAUCUAACAGGUUUGAUAUAUGGACCAGUUAGCAACUGUUUGAGCCAAUUACAGUGCAGCACAGAGGAUGAGGAGAAAAUCAGAGGUAGCACCAUACACAGGUUUUUAUCUUUUUUUCUCAUACAUACUGUAUGUUUUCACUGAAAAUCAACCCACAAAUAAUUGUAUUGCUCAAUUCGUACAGAAAUCCACUGUAAAAGAAAAGCAAACAAAUGUCUCAUGCAUAACAAUACAUCAAUUCUCAUGGUGUGUUUGUUACAAAAUAUAGAAUUUUGGAGAAAAGUCAGUCUCGAUGUGAAUUCCUCCUGGUGAAAGAACAUGUAACUGAUCCAUGACCCUGUGUCGCUGAUUAUUUGUGCAUACGCUUCAGAUCACAAUGACUUUAAGAUUGCCAGAUGCCAAUACGUUUUGUAGUGUGAACCUAGUAUUAUCUGAGCUGUGCACUAUGUUUGCAGCGUCUACCAUGGUUACUGUGGUUAUGUGUUCCCUUCCUCUUUUUCUUAUUUUGCCUCUUAUUUUGAAAAUAAAAAAAAUUGCAGGUCCAUUAAGAUAUUAUUCAGAUGUGUAUGAUUUAAAAUUUAUGGUUUAUGAUUUAUUGAUCUACUUCUCACUCCAGUGUAACUGAAAGAUAAAGGCUAAUGUGUUGUUUUUAUUCUUUUACCUAACAGAAAACUCUCAGUGUAAAAUCUCAGUUCCAUCUACAGUUUACAGAAUAAAGUAUUUUUCUGGUCA